AUGGCUGGCACGCGAUUUAAGCUCAACACCGGAACAGAGAUUCCAGCUCUUGGAUUUGGAACAUGGCAGGACCCUGAAGCUCAAGUGGAUGCUGUGAAGGAGGCCAUCAAGGCCGGUUACCGACACAUUGAUACUGCGCGAGUGUAUGGCACCGAAGCUGCCGUCGGAAAGGCGAUUCGCGAAAGCGGCGUGCCUAGGAAUGAAAUAUUCGUCACGACCAAGCUCUGGAACCACCAGCACCAUCCCGACGAUGUCCCUAAAGCUCUUGACGAGUCGCUCAAAGACUUGGGCAUGGACUAUGUUGACCUCUACUUGAUACACUUUCCUGUAGCUUGGAAGGGUGGAAAUGGUCUUUUCCCCAAGGAGAACGGCAAGCCAGCUGUGGUGAACAUUGAUCCUGUCGAGACGUACAAAGCAAUGGAAAAAUUGCUUCAAGCCGGCAAAGCGAAAGCAAUAGGAGUAUCCAAUUUCGGCAAGGCCCAAAUAGAGAAUUUGGUCAAGAACGUCUCGGUAACUCCUGCUGCUCAUCAGAUUGAGUGUCAUCCAUGGCUACAACAGAAGGAGUUCGUCCAGUGGCAUCAGAGCAAGGGUAUUCAUAUCAUUCAGUACUCGCCCUUUGGCAAUCAGAAUGAUAUCUACUCGGGUCCGAAACAUCUUGGCAAGCUCAUCGAGAGUCCUGAGCUUAUUGAGAUUGGAAAGAAGUAUGGCAAGUCGGGAGCACAGGUAGCUCUAGCAUGGGGCAUAACUCAGGGCCAUUCGGUGUUACCAAAGUCCAAGACACCAAAGCGGAUUCAAGAUAACUUUCAGGGCGACUUCAAGCUCACCGCAGAUGAUAUGAAAAAAAUCGAGACGAUUAACAAAAAGUUGCGAUUCAACGAUAGCAGUGCCGACUUUGGGUAUGAUCUCUUUACGGAUUUGGAGGGCAAGAAUUCGGUCUAA